GGGGCGGGGACGGAGCGGGGAGGCGGAGUUUGAGCGACUUUGUGGGGCAGUGUGCAUCUCAGCGGCGGCUGCCCCGGAGCGCGGGGACGGAAUCGGGGUGCCCCCCGCCGGGUCGUCCGGAGCGGCCGAUGGGGCCCGAGUGAGCGCCCAGGCCCGGCCCCGGUGCCCGGCGGGCGGCAGCAUGUCCGCGGGCGGCAGCGCCAGGAAGAGCAUCGGGAGGUCCUCCUACUACUAUCGACUGCUGAGGCGACCUCGGCUACAGCGACAGAGGAGCCGCUCCCGCAGCCGGACCCGGCCUGCCAGGGAGUCACCCCAAGAAAGACCAGGCUCCCGGCGCAGCCUGCCCGGCAGCCUCUCAGAGAAGAGCCCCAGCAUGGAGCCCUCGGCUGCUACCCCGUUCCGGGUCACGGGCUUCCUCAGCCGCCGCCUCAAGGGCUCCAUCAAGCGCACCAAGAGCCAGCCCAAGCUGGACCGCAACCACAGCUUCCGCCACAUCCUGCCGGGGUUCCGGAACGCAGCCGCCGCCACCGCCGCCGCCUCCGCCGCGGACAAUGAGAGGUCCCAUCUGAUGCCAAGACUGAAGGAGUCUCGCUCCCACGAGUCCCUGCUCAGCCCCAGCAGCGCAGUGGAGGCGCUGGACCUCAGCAUGGAGGAGGAGGUGGUCAUCAAGCCUGUGCACAGCAGCAUCCUGGGCCAGGACUACUGCUUCGAGGUGACAACAUCUUCCGGAAGUAAGUGCUUUUCCUGCCGGUCCGCAGCUGAGCGCGAUAAGUGGAUGGAGAACCUGCGACGGGCUGUGCACCCCAAUAAGGACAACAGCCGGCGUGUAGAACAUAUCCUGAAGCUUUGGGUGAUCGAGGCCAAGGACCUACCAGCCAAGAAGAAGUACCUGUGUGAGCUGUGCCUGGAUGAUGUGCUCUAUGCCCGCACCACAGGCAAGCUCAAGACGGACAAUGUCUUCUGGGGUGAGCACUUUGAGUUCCACAACCUGCCUCCUCUGCGCACAGUCACUGUCCACCUAUACCGGGAGACUGACAAAAAGAAGAAGAAGGAGCGCAACAGCUACCUGGGCCUGGUGAGCCUGCCUGCCGCUUCAGUGGCUGGCCGGCAGUUUGUGGAGAAAUGGUACCCAGUGGUGACGCCCAACCCCAAGGGUGGCAAAGGCCCUGGGCCUAUGAUCCGCAUCAAGGCACGCUACCAGACUAUCACCAUCCUGCCCAUGGAGAUGUACAAGGAGUUUGCCGAGCAUAUUACCAACCACUACCUGGGGCUGUGUGCAGCCCUCGAGCCCAUCCUCAGUGCCAAGACCAAGGAGGAGAUGGCAUCUGCCUUGGUGCACAUCCUGCAGAGCACAGGCAAAGUUAAGGACUUUCUCACAGACCUGAUGAUGUCAGAGGUGGACCGCUGCGGGGACAACGAGCACCUCAUCUUCCGGGAGAACACGCUGGCCACCAAGGCCAUCGAGGAGUACCUCAAGCUGGUGGGCCAGAAGUACCUGCAGGAUGCCCUAGGGGAGUUCAUCAAGGCGCUAUAUGAGUCGGACGAGAACUGUGAGGUGGACCCAAGCAAGUGCUCUGCUGCUGACCUCCCUGAGCACCAGGGCAACCUCAAGAUGUGCUGUGAACUGGCCUUCUGCAAGAUCAUCAACUCCUACUGCGUCUUCCCAAGGGAGCUGAAAGAGGUGUUUGCCUCGUGGCGGCAGGAGUGCAGCAGCCGUGGCCGGCCAGACAUCAGCGAGCGGCUCAUCAGUGCCUCCCUCUUCCUGCGCUUCCUCUGCCCAGCCAUCAUGUCCCCCUCGCUCUUCAACCUGCUGCAGGAGUACCCCGAUGACCGCACCGCCCGCACCCUCACCCUCAUAGCCAAGGUUACUCAGAACCUGGCCAACUUUGCCAAGUUUGGUAGCAAGGAAGAGUACAUGUCAUUCAUGAACCAGUUCCUGGAGCAUGAGUGGACCAACAUGCAGCGCUUUCUGCUGGAGAUCUCCAAUCCUGAGACCAUCUCCAACACAGCAGGCUUCGAGGGUUACAUCGACCUAGGCCGUGAGCUCUCCAGUCUGCACUCACUGCUCUGGGAGGCCGUCAGCCAGUUGGAGCAGAGCAUUGUGUCCAAACUGGGCCCCUUGCCUCGGAUUCUGAGGGAUGUCCACACAGCACUGAGCACCCCAGGCAGCGGGCAGCUCCCUGGGACCAAUGACCUGGCCUCCACGCCAGGCUCGGGCAGCAGCAGCAUCUCAGCGGGGCUGCAGAAGAUGGUGAUUGAAAAUGAUCUCUCUGGUCUGAUAGAUUUCACCCGGUUACCAUCUCCAACCCCCGAAAACAAGGACUUGUUUUUUGUCACAAGGUCCUCCGGGGUCCAGCCCUCACCUGCCCGUAGCUCAAGCUACUCAGAAGCCAACGAGCCCGACCUCCAGAUGGCCAAUGGUGGCAAGAGCCUGUCUAUGGUGGAUCUCCAAGAUGCCCGCACGCUGGAUGGGGAGGCGGGCUCCCCAGCGGGCCCUGAUGUCCUUCCUGCUGACGGGCAGGCUUGUGCAACUCAGUUGGUGGCCGGGUGGCCAGCCCGGGCAGCCCCCGUGAGCCUGGCAGGGCUAGCCACAGUGCGGAGGGCGGGCCAGACACCCACAACACCAGGCACCUCUGAGGGUGCGCCAGGCCGGCCCCAGCUGUUGGCACCACUCUCCUUCCAGAACCCUGUGUACCAGAUGGCAGCCGGCCUGCCACUGUCCCCUCGCGGCCUUGGUGACUCGGGCUCUGAGGGCCACAGCUCGCUGAGCUCCCACAGCAACAGUGAAGAGCUAGCUGCCGCAGCCAAGUUGGGAAGUUUCAGCGCUGCCACAGAGGAGCUGGCCCGGCGGCCUGGCGAGCUGGCCCGGCGGCAGAUGUCACUAACUGAGAAGGGUGGGCAGCCUGCGGUGCCAAGACAGAAUAGUGCCGGUCCCCAGCGAAGGAUCGACCAGCCACCACCCCCUCCACCACCACCACCUCCUGCCCCCCGAGGCCGGACACCCCCCAACCUCUUAAGCACCCUGCAGUACCCACGGCCCUCGAGUGGAACCCUGGCGUCCGCCUCGCCUGACUGGGCUGGCCCUGGUGCUCGGCUGCGGCAGCAGUCCUCCUCUUCCAAAGGAGACAGCCCAGAGCUGAAGCCACGCGCCAUGCACAAGCAGGGCCCUUCACCCGUGAGCCCCAAUGCCCUGGACCGCACGGCUGCUUGGCUCUUGACCAUGAACGCGCAGUUGUUAGAAGACGAGGGCCUGGGCCCAGAUCCCCCCCACAGGGAUAGGCUCAGGAGUAAGGAGGAGCUCAGCCAAGCAGAAAAGGACCUGGCAGUACUACAGGACAAGCUGCGGAUCUCCACCAAGAAGCUAGAGGAGUAUGAGACCCUGUUCAAAUGCCAGGAAGAGACAACUCAGAAGCUGGUGCUAGAGUACCAGGCACGGUUGGAGGAGGGCGAGGAGCGGCUUCGGCGGCAGCAGGAGGACAAGGACAUCCAGAUGAAGGGCAUCAUCAGCAGGUUAAUGUCCGUGGAGGAGGAGCUGAAGAAGGACCAUGCUGAGAUGCAAGCAGCUGUCGAUUCCAAACAGAAGAUCAUUGAUGCCCAGGAGAAGCGCAUCGCCUCCCUGGACGCUGCCAACGCCCGUCUCAUGAGCGCCCUGACGCAGCUGAAAGAGAGGUACAGCAUGCAAGCCCGUAACGGCGUCUCCCCCACCAAUCCCACCAAAUUGCAGAUUACCGAGAACGGCGAGUUCAGAAACAGCAGCAAUUGUUAACCAGCCCGAGGAGGGAGGACCCUCCCCGAGGAGAGGGGACUGUGGUGGCCCAGGGCAGGGUCUCGGCCAGGAGCACCCACAGUCACAGCCCCUCGUGGUUGGCGGAGGCUGAGGCGCCCCCUCCCCUCGCCCACUGUCCAGGAGGCGGCACGGAGGGAGCCAGAGACUGACGCAGCGUGACGAGGAAGUGGGUCUGGGCGCGGGCACGAGAGACUGCACGCUGGGGAGGGGGCAGGGGCAGGGGCCUGCCAAACACAUGUCCGUUGCUUGUCGAAUUCGGUGUAUGUCACCUUUUCCUCCAUGACUAGCCAAGUGCAUGUACCCCACACCCUCCUCAGGUAGGGAACUGCCUGGAGAAGGGCCAAGUUAAGGGCUAGGGACCACCCCCUUGCAGCUUCCCGCGGCCUGGCCGUCAGACCUCUGCCCUGGGGGGCUGGGACCUCACGGGUGGGUGCAGACAGGGAGAUGGUGGCUGGACAGAGGAGGGAUCCUGUGGCCCCCCUGAGCAAGUGGCACAGCAUGCAGCCCACGGGUUGCCGUGAGGAACCCAGGGUUCGCCCUGCCCCCACCCAUCCCAUAGUCACUUCCCCUACCUCCUCCCUUCCUUAGACGCAUCGCCAAAUAGAUCAGUGAGAAUCCUGGCUUUUUCUUCUGGGCCCUCAUACUAGUGGGGCGUCUACAGAGCCCGCCAUACCUACUGUGUGGGGCUGGGCUGAUGCUCUGGGGCUCCCAGAAGCCAGAGAGGUGGGCAGAGCUGGCCGCAGGGCACAGUGCACUGUAGCCGCCUUCUCCAGAGGCCUGGGGCACCUGGGGUACAGUGGCCCCCUGCAAUGUAGCCAGUUGGUGCUCUCCCAGAAAAGGUGAUCUUUCCUCUGAUGGCUGAAAAGAAAAAGUCUGAGGCCUGCAGGCCCUGAGAAGGUGGAUAACUGUGAUUCUUUUUCCUUUCACAGUAUGCAUUAGAAACAAAAGCCCGCUUGCUCGCUUGCUGGAACACAGGGGCCUUUUAAAUUGAGCGUGCGCACUGCAUGGGAAAUAGCGGCCCCGGAGGAUGUUAGACUUGCUCCCUCACCAAGACAGCAGCCGCCUGCACCAGGCCCCGUGUGUGCGGCCGCCUCUUCCUCACCCUUCCCAGCCCCAUCCACGGACUCUGGCACUGCAGCCAGGGGAGGGCACACCCCACUGCUGGGGCUGGUUUUCCUCAGCUCUAGGCUGUUCUGUGGCAUAUCUGCCUCUCCCCACUGUGCGGGACAGACACGGGCAGGAGCUCCACUCUGCCUCUGCCCAUUUGUUCCCACGCCCUGUCGAGUCCAAGCUCUGACCCUUAGGCAGGAGUGUGGACCUCUGCCCAGGCAGCAGAGCCAGGGCCGGGCAAGCUGUCUGCGGGGCAGCAGUGUGCCAGAGUCCCCACCAGGAAGGGUGGAAGUCUAGCCAGAGCCACACAGCACGGCAUUCAGGCCUGUGGACAGGUAUCUGUCUGCUCCAGGCAGGGCUUUUAGAUGGCACUCCAGCGCCAUUAGCUAGAGACGUGCCGGGCCUCAAGUCAGAGACCUCAGGAAGGAAGGAGAUGGGGGCUGAGGUCGUGCUGCACCCUCUGUCCUGCCCCUCCUGCCCAGACCCUUGGCUCGUAUGUCAGCCAGGGUGGCCUCGGGCAGAGCCAGGUCCCAGUGCUGUCCUCUUCCUCCGUCCACGGGCCCUGCUCCCCCCCCCCCACCAGGCCCUCACCCGUGCCUCCUAACGUGGCCUCGGACUCAGCACCUCCUAGCAAUAUGGGGGUCCCCAGGGCUGGACAGGAGGGCGCUAGGGCCAGCCGCCAUGGGCGCCGUGGCUGCCCUUGCAGGGGUCGAGGGCUCUCAGGCCGAGAGCCUUAUUUACCUAGUGCAAAAACUGUAAAAGUGUACAGACUCCUCACAGAUUUUUAUCUUAUUGCAAGUCUGACAAUUUUUGUAAAUGUGCUUGGUGUUUGACUGUAAUGUAACUAUUUCACCCACGGGUUGUACAUAGUCCUCUAGUCCUGGUGCUGUGGGGGCUGGCCGGGACCACCGCUCCUCUUGUACCUUGGCACCUGGUGGACAGCGCUGGGCAAGGCGAAGAGCCCUGGGGUCUGGCUGUCCGCCCACCCACCAUCGAUUGGCUGGCUUUGCCCCGUGCCACCUGGGUGGACCUGCUGGGGACCACGGCCUGGUGGGGCUGGUAAAGGGGUCUCCUGCCCAAGGCCACAGAAAACCCAUGUCCUGGGUUUCACCCAGGCCUGGGGGUGCCAGAGGUCCCCCAGGGAAGGGCAGUCUCUGAUCCAGGAUGGGCCUCCAGGCCACUGAGCCUCAGGUCUGCUGGCCAAAAGACCCCAAUCUCCACCCCCAGCACAGAACCUUGACCUUUAUUUGCUCAGCUCCUGUGUUCAGGGUGAAGAAACUGCCAAACUUCCCACGAAUGAAGACUCCCUGACUGCCCAGGAGGGAGUGGGGCCAGGGUCAGGGCCCCCCAGCACCUCUGGGCGGGGGGAGGCGCUACUCCCUCACACCCAUCCGUCAGGGAGCCAGACUGCCCAGGGAACCAGCCCCUCUUUUCUACACACUCGGCCACAGGCUGCCCCCAACCCCACCGCGUCCCAGCCCCCUCUUUUUGUAAGUAUGUGAAAAGGAAAAAAAUACAAAUGUUGGAGUUUGGCUGGAGCUCUUCACUCCAGCCAUGACUUUUAACCAUGUAAUAAUGUACAGAGAAGUGUUGGUGUUCUAAGACUGUGUGGCUGUGCAAUUUCUGUACAUUUGCAAUUAGAAAUAUUAAAGAUUUAUUUAGCUAUUUUAA